AGGGAUCGGAGAGAAGGCUUCUUGUGCUCCGGUAUCUCUCCACAGCUCCGGCGGAGAUCUCCGAUCAGAUUCCGAAUUGCAUAUAAUCUAGUCCGCUUUCAGUUAUUCAGUGGACUAAAAUGGCUAGCACAGCAUGUUUUAUGAUCGUCAGCCGAAAUGAUAUUCCUAUAUACGAGGCCGAAGUUGGGACGGCUCCUAAAAAAGAAGAAGCUGCACAUCAGCAUCAGUUUAUCCUUCAUGCUGCUUUGGAUGUUGUUCAAGAUCUUGCAUGGACGACUAGUGCUAUGUUUUUGAAAUCAAUUGACAGGUUCAAUGAUUUGGUGGUGUCGGUUUACGUGACAGCUGGUCAUACACGAUUGAUGCUGCUUCAUGACUCGCGUAAUGAUGAUGGAAUUAAGAGCUUUUUUCAGGAGGUCCAUGAGCUUUAUAUAAAGAUUCUUCUGAAUCCUCUGUACCUACCAGGAUCUCGUGUUACAUCGUCACAUUUUGAUACGAAGGUCCGAGCUCUUGCAAGAAGAUACCUAUAAGAUUUCUUUGCUUUGUUGAAGCUUUUUCUUGUUAGCAGUUAUUGAUAUCCAUGGGGUUGUGUAGUAGUGUAUGAUGUUUUUGUAAUCUGACAUAUUAUACAAUGUUUUGAGUUCAAAUAUGUUUUAAAGUUUGCAUGCACUAGCAUAAACAUGUUUAGGGGCAAUUUGUGACACAACAUUAAAAGAAGGUUUUGGGUUGUCAAAUCUGAUCCGCUUAAUAAACAUGUCGUGUUCGGCUU